GCUGCCCUCCUCGGCCCGUCGAGCGCCGCCGGCAUGAGCAGCAUCUCCAUCCCGGAGGGGCUGACGGAGCUGCUGCAGGGCUUCACCGUGGAGGUGCUGCGGAGCCAGCCGGGGGACCUGCUCGAGUUCGCCCUCCAGUACUUCGGGCGCCUCAAGGCGGCGGCGGGGGGGGCCGAGCGGGGGGCGGCCGCGAGUGCCCCCCGCCGCCUGAAGGCCGCCUCGCCCGGCCCGGCCCGGGGGGGCCUCCCCCCCUCCGAGUUCCGGGGGGUCAGCUUCGUCGAGGAGCCCCUGCACACCGACUCGGAGAGCGGGGAAGGGGCGGACGACGACGACGACGAGGAAGAGUUCGUCGCCCCCAUCAUAAACCGGUUCACUAGGCGAGCAUCAGUUUGUGCAGAAGCUUACAAUCCGGAUGAAGAGGAAGAUGACACUGAAUCAAGGAUUAUUCGCCCCAAAACAGAUGAUCAAAGAAACAGACUUCAAGAAGCCUGCAAAGACAUUCUUCUAUUUAAAAACCUAGAUCCGGAACAGAUGUCUCAGGUGUUAGAUGCCAUGUUUGAGAAGCUGGUUGAAGGAGGGGAACAUGUUAUUGAUCAAGGUGAUGAUGGCGACAAUUUCUAUGUAAUUGAUCGAGGGACGUACGAUAUCUAUGUGAAAUGUGAUGGUGUUGGAAGGUGUGUUGGCACCUAUGAUAACCGUGGAAGCUUUGGUGAAUUGGCUUUAAUGUACAAUACAUCCAGAGCAGCUACAAUCAUUGCUACCUCUCCUGGUGCUGUGUGGGGUUUGGACAGAGUAACAUUUCGGAGAAUUAUUGUGAAAAACAAUGCCAAAAAGAGGAGAAUGUACGAAAAUUUUAUUGAGUCAUUACCCUUCCUUAAAUCUUUAGAACUUUCUGAACGAUUGAAAGUGGUGGAUGUGAUAGACACCAAAGUAUACAAAGAUGGAGAACAAAUAAUUGCUCAGGGAGACAUGGCUGACUGUUUCUUUAUUGUUGAAUCUGGAGAAGUACGAAUAACAAUGAAAAGAAAGGGUAAACAGGAUGGAGAUGAGAACGAAGCUGUUGAAAUUGCUCGGUACACCAGAGGACAGUAUUUUGGCGAACUUGCUCUUGUAACUAACAAACCUCGGGCUGCCUCAGCAUUUGCGCUUGGCACAGUCAAAUGUUUAGUUAUGGAUGUACAAGCAUUCGAAAGGCUUUUGGGACCUUGUAUGGAAAUUAUGAAAAGGAACAUUGCGAACUAUGAAGAACAGCUAGUUGCUCUGUUUGGAACAAACAUGGACAUUUCUGAUCCCAGUGCAUGAACUAAAGUAUGAAGCCACAAGAUCUGUUAUGAGAAAUAGCACGGGUAGUGGUUAGUCCACUGGAAAUGUAUCUAUCUUCCUGUAGAUGCUAAGCAUUUUUUUCUGUGAUUUUACAGGGGAUUGGGUUUCUUUAGGUUUUUUUAAACUUUUUUUUGUCUUUUCUAUACAUUGAUUAAGAGGGCUUAUUGAAUGGAGUAGAGGUGACAUCAUACUGUUUGCCCUGUCUUGCAGAAGAGUUAAGCCACCAACCUCUCAUUUUCUAGGCAAUAGUCCUCAAAAUCAAUCCUGUCAGCCUUACUGGAAUUCAGUGGGAAUUUACAUUCUUGUAUACAGUUUUAGGAUUACCGUCCUUCAGCAACCUCUUUAAAAAAACAGGAUUUUUUAUAAGACA